AAAAUGAGGAACUCCUCUGUUACGGAGCCCCCCGAGUCCUACCUGAUGAACGCAGGAGAUGGAAGCUACAGCUACAACAAGAACUCCUACUUCCAGGCAACAAUUGAGAGCAGCCACGAGCACCGCCAAGGAAAAGAUCGACGAGGCAAUCGCCACCGUGCUCGACAUCAAGCGGUUUUCCUCUGGGCCACGGGCCUCGUUCACAAUCGCUGACUUGGGCUGCUCAGUGGGACCGAACACCUUCAUCGCUGUGCAAAACAUCAUCGAGGCUGUCCGGCACAAGUACGGGUCUCAGGUACCCGACUUCCAAGUGUUCUUCAAUGACCAUACGGCCAAUGACUUCAACGCCCUCUUCGCCUCCCUUCCUCCAGAGAGGAAUUACUACGCUGCAGGAGUUCCGGGGUCCUUCCAUGGCCAAUUAUUCCCCGAGUCGUCCCUCCAUUUCGUGCACUCUUCCUAUGCAAUCCAUUGGCUCUCAAGGGUGCCCAAGGAGCUGCUCGAUGAGGGCUCACCUGCUUGGAACAAAGGGAAGAUCCAUUACACCAGCACCCCGAAGGAAGUAGGGGAUGCCUAUAAGUCCCAAUUCACCAAGGACAUGCGAGAUUUCUUCAACGCUCGGGUGCAAGAGAUUGUGAGCGGAGGGAUAAUGGCAUUUAUCGUGCCGGGAACUCAGGACGGGGUUCCUCAUUCUCAAGUGCCAUUGGGAGUUAAUUUGGAUAUCCUCGGCCUUAGCCUAAUGGAUAUGGCAAAGGAGGGAAUAAUAAAGGAAUCUGAUGUGGACUCGCUCAACUUGCCCAUAUAUACAGCCACUCCCCAGGAAAUGACGGAACUAGUCAAUACCAACGGGUGCUUCGAUAUCGAGCGGAUGGAAUUAACUGCUUCAAGGUCAAAGAUCAGAGGAUCGAUCAAUGCGCAGGCAUGGAUGAUGCAUCUAAGAGCCGGCUUGGAAGGGAUCAUCAGCAAGCAUUUCGGUACUGAGAUCAUUGAUGAACUGUUUGAUCGGUUUCUGCAGAAAGUCGCCGGACGGCUCGAAUGGAGCUUCCAGGAAAUAACUCAGCUGCUCGUUGUUCUCAAACGGAAAUGAAGGCAUCUACAUCCUAAACUCAAACUUCGUACGAUGGCCAAGACCUGUCAAAUAAUUUAAUUAAAUCAUAAUAGCCGAUGGCAUAAAUUUCUCUAAGAAGACAUGAUUCAUCAAAUUCAUGUUGGUAUGUACGUGUCAUUUUUGUUAGACUACUUGUGUAUCAGUGCACGUAUGCAUGUAUGUGAUACGUGUUUGCUCGAUAAUGCUCAAGUUAAAUACGACAUAUGCCACUAUAUUAUAUCCCUUCUUUUCGGGGAAAUGAAUUUAUUA